AUGGUAGUCAUCGUCACGGAUCUCGACUCCUUCCCGGUCGAAGUGAACCUUUCAAGUACAGUCAAGGACCUCAGUGAGCAGGUCCAAGAUGUAGUGAGUCAUAGAGCAUAUAACGCGCUCUACCUCUCGUGACACUGCUCACGCAUCAGCUUGUCCGACGUGCGUCCAGAUAGGCAUCCCCGCCGAAGAACAGGCUGUACUACUCGAUGGUCGGCCCCUGGAUCCCACGAAGAAGCUGAACAGCUAUGAGUCACAAGGACUCAAUCAGGACUCCUUACUCGUGAUUGGCAAGAAUCCCACGGGACAGGCCAGCAGCAGUGGAGCAGCUGGUCAAAGGGGAGGUCAGAGCCAAGCAGGUGCGGGAGGAGAGUGAGUGCCAUGAGAUCAAGAAAACGUGCUGAUGACUACAUCAUAGGUAUAGCUUAAAAUCCGUCAGUCUUGCUAUGUGACUCACGCUGAUUGACCUUUGUUGUUCACAGGAGUGAGGAGCAAUUUGCAGAGCAAUUGCGUCAACAAGUCUUGAGCAACUCUCAUAUGAGGGAACAGGUCAAACAAGUAAGAAGCAGUUUAGAUGAGGGCUUUCGUAUCGGAAGCUAUCUGUAUGCUCAAAGGUCUAUCUUUUUCUCUCUCUACAGACUUCACCCGAUCUUCACGCCGCUCUCGAGUCGCCCGCCGAGUUUCUACGCCAAUUGCGGCGAGAGCGCCAAAAAGCAGAUGAGGCGGCACGCCGGCAGCAGCAGGCCGAGAUGGAGCUAGCAGCAGCAGACGAGUUUGAUGUGGAGGCUCAAGCGAAGAUAGAAGAGGCCAUCCGCCAACAGCAAGUCUACGAGAACCUCGAAUCGGCCAUGGAGAAUAUGCCAGAAGCUUUUGGGAGCGUCAACAUGCUCUACGUUCAGGCUGAAAUCAAUGGAACACCGCUGAAGGCCUUUGUGGACAGCGGCGCUCAGAUGACGAUCAUGAGCCCAGAAUGUGCCGAGAAGUGCGGGAUUAAGAGGUUACUGGACACCAGGUUCUCAGGCAUCGCGCGGGGUGUUGGAACAGCCAAGAUUCUGGGUCGUAUUCAUUCAGCACAGGUGAGCUGGACGAGGAGCAUCACAACAUCAAGCGUUUGCAUUUGAUGAAGCUAAAGCGUCGUCAUCCCCAUUCACAGAUGAAGUUGGAAGACUUGUACCUGCCUGUCUCACUCACUGUCAUCGAGGGGAAGGACGUGGAUCUGCUCUUCGGUCUAGGUGAGUUAAGCUAGUGCAGGUUCCAAGGUGCACGGUGCUGAGCGUACCAAUGCGACUCGAUCCAUACUAUGCACAGAUAUGCUCAAGCGUUACCAAGCCAGCAUAGACCUUGGACAGAACGCACUAAUCAUCAAUGGCGUACGUCCGGCUGCCUCGGGAUCGAGCGCUAAGGAGCACCUUACUUAAUUCGAGCACUGUCUUUCAAUUGCAGCGCAAAAUCCGGUUCUUGGACGAACAUGAGGUGAGGCAGCAACGAGCGGACGCUCUCCUUCCGAGAGGCUGACUUGAGCUUGUCGUCUUCAGCUUCCCAAGAAUGCCCGUCUCUUUGCAGAGGAGCAAGAGUCUGAGGCGAGCGCAGCAGGGAGAAGUGUCGAUGGCACUUCAGCGUCCGCGCCUGGUACUCGCCCUACUCCACCACAAUUUCCUGGAAGCGGAGCUACCCUUGGGUCUCAGCCCGUCUCAGGCGUAGGGCUUUCAUCUGCCACCUCAGGCAGUACAAACGCACUUUCGAGCACCCAAGCUGCCGCGUCUUCAGCCUCCGCACCUUCUGCGACUCCUGCUUCCGGAAAUGCGGGAGCCAAGUGGCCCGCCGAGUCAAUUCAAGCUCUGAAAGACCUUGGCGCAACAGAUCAACAGGCCGUGGCUUUGCUCGAUGCCGCUGGAGGCAACGUCGAUGCUGCUGCUAGCUUCUUGUUUCAGUAG